ACUUUCCGAGUUAAACUGUGAAGUGCUUGCUUCCUACAAGUCCUUUCCGAGCUUACCUAAAACGAAUCUGUGUCUCUCAAUCCUGCAAGGCAGCCCCGCCCCUCAGCUUCACGUGGUGGGUAGCGAGUCGCGCACACCUGACGUCAGCAGUACGCGCCCCAGUGCAGCCUUCAGCCCGGCGUGCGCGCCCAGGGGCUUGCUCCCUUAUCUUCUCCGCAGACUCCUCAGAACCGUCGGACUCCCGGCCAGAGGCAGCGCUCGGCAGACUCGCGGCGAUGUCGAUGCUGGCGGAGCGUCGGCGGAAGCAGAAAUGGACUCUAGAUCCCAGAAACACUGCAUGGAGUAAUGAUGAUUCCAAGUUUGGCCAGAGGAUGCUUGAGAAGAUGGGGUGGUCUAAGGGAAAGGGUUUGGGGGCUCAGGAACAAGGAGCCACAGAACAUAUUAGAGUUAAAGUUAAAAAUAACAACCUGGGACUUGGAGCUACAAACAAUAAUGAAGACAACUGGAUUGCUCACCAGGAUGACUUCAACCAGCUUUUGGCAGCACUCAACACUUGCCACAGUCAGGACACAGCAGAUUCCUCAGACAACAAGGAAAAGAAAUCCUUUAGUCUUGAAGAAAAAUCUAAAACCUCCAAAAACCGGGUUCAUUAUAUGAAAUUCACGAAAGGGAAGGAUCUUUCUUCUCGGAGUGAAACUGACCUGGACUGCAUUUUUGGGAAAAGGAAGAAGAAGAAGAUUGCUCAGGAUGACUGCAGCACCUCCACUGCAGAUGAGGUGGAUGCCUCCACGACUACGACCACAACCAGUGCCUUCACCAUCCAGGAGUAUUUUGCCAAGAGAAUGGCCCAGUUAAAGAGCAAGCCACAGGCCUCGACUCCUGGGCCUGACAUUUCAGAGACCUCUGUUGAAUGGAAAAGGGGGAAGAAAAAAACCAAAGAGGCAGCAGACACAGAUGUGGAGAACUCUCCCCAACACAAGGCCAAGCGACAUAAAAAGAAAAAGCAUGCAGAAGUGGAGAUGGAGCCUGUAGGCAAGAAGAGAGACCGAGCCAAGGUGCAGUCUGGAGGCCCCAGUGGGGGUGAGUGUUCCGAUGCCUCUGCCGGAGCUGCCGAAGAUUGUGUACAACCACCCGACAGCCAGGAUGAUGCCCCAAAGUCCAAGAAGAGAAAGGCGAAGAAGAAGUUGCAAAAGCCAGGAGGGGUAGCAAUAGAGACUAAAGCAGACAAGGGACUUGUGAAGAAGAAGAAGAAGAAGAAGGCCUCCAGAUGACCUCUCACUAGCCAGGGCCUCUGACCUGUCAGCACACUGCAAACUCUGGCCCCAAGUCAGAGCACGGUGAACCCAGGCAGCUCACAGAUUGCCAGCUCUCACCUGCUCGCCACAUUUCCCCCCCCAGUCACCUUCCUGAGAGAACUGAUUUGAAUGGUCUAGAUCAUGACUUUUUAAUAAAUAAAAUAAAUUUCAUUAAAUAGA